ACCCUCUUCUAGUCUUCUGCUGCGCGACUUCACCUUCCAACUGCAGAUGCUUUGAACCCUAAAAUUCGCAUACGUAUGUUCUUCGCUUGUUGCGCUGGGGAUUCGACUCGGUUCUGUGCUAUUCACUUCAAACACUUGUUCUAUUCUUUGCUGUCGCUUGUUCUAGUCUCUGCUGCAUUCUAGAGGUGUUCCUGUUCGUCGGUUGUUCUAGUCUGCUGGUCGACUCAGACCUGGUGCUUUUACACUUUUGGAGGGGGAGAGCAAAUUUGGUUCUCUAGUCGGUCAGCUUCAGAAGGCCAUGCGUAUUGAAAUAGCUGAUUACAAUCCAAGAUUUCACGAAAUGGAUGAUAUUGAUUACAGUGAAACUGAAAUUGUCAAAUAUGUUAAGGAGGCGCUUGCAUCAGUUCGAUUGGGUGAUAGAGAGAAUUACGAUCAUCUUGUUGGGGUUUUGCAUCAUAAGGAACGUCGUGCUCCUGAUGAGGUUGCCUUGCUUGUGACAAGUUUAAAGGCAUUAUCUGGAGCGGUUUCUCAUAUCGACAUGAUUUGCCACAGCUCUCUUCUUUCGUCUAUUUUUGGAAUGAGCAUGUGGAACUAUGGCCCUGAUAUGUUGGAUGCAUUGCUUGAACUGGUUAUAUCCCUGGCUGCUUCUAAUGCAAAACUUUUGGAUUCAUGCUUGGAUAUGCUUGUAAGCAAUUUCAUGCCACCUUACUAUCUCCUGGAUGCACUAAAGGAGCCUCGUGGUCUUGCAAAAAAGGAGCAAGUUCUUUCUCGAGUCCAUACGGCUUUAAAAGAUAUUGCUGCUUUGGUUCCUCUUGUACCCAUGAGAUUACCGCCUAUAGUUGCACAAAGAAUGCCAAGUGUCUAUAAGAAGGACCAUUUGAUUCUGAUAUAUAUAGAGAACAUGCUAAAGUUGGAGAGCGACUCAAUGGGUGAACUUGUUGGAAGCACAAUGCUUAUGGCAGUGGUGGACAGGUUGAUAGACCUAGAUGUUGAGAUCGGGUUGGAAGAAAUUUUGCAAGAUGAUUCUUAUAAAGGCAUAUUUGAACUGGAGCUAGAAGAAGGAGAUGAGGCUAUAGAUUAUGAUGGUGAAGAUGAUGGAGAGCUUCCAAGAGCUUUAACCCAUAAGUUUUUAAGUGGAAAUGUAAUUGCUGAGAUACUAGAUAGCUUGAUGGUUCUGACUUUUGAGCAUCUUGAAUCCUGUGAAAAUUCUGGUCGUUUGGCUAAGGUAUUUGAAAUUCUUCUCAAGUCUUUCCAAAAAACUGUUAUGACUACAUACAAGUCAAAAUUUGCGCAGUUUGUGAUGUUCUAUGCCUGUGCUCUGGAUCCCGAAAACUGUGGCAUUAGAUUUGCAAUGACGCUUGCUGAUAUUUUUAUUUUGGAUGCUUACCCUCCAGUUACCAGGAUGAGUGCUGUGGCAUAUCUUGCUAGCUAUUUGUCUCGUGGGAAAUUCGUGUCAGCAUCAACUGUGGUUACCAUACUGAAGAGACUUGUGGAUUGGUGCCUUGAUUAUUGCACAAGUCAGGACGGUGCCAUAAACCCAAAGGCACAUAGAGUGUUCUAUUCUGGGUGCCAGGCAAUCAUGUACGUGCUUUGCUUCCGUAUGAGAUCAAUGAUGGACGUUCCUCGACUCAAAUCUCAGCUUCUCGUAAUGCCUAUUGAGUUGGUCUUGAAGCAUAGACUGAACCCAUUGGAGGUCUGCCUGCCAUCUGUAGUAGCAGAGUUUCUCCGACAGGCCAAAGCAGCUCAUUUAUUCACCGUGUCUCAAACAUUUAUUUUCAAUGACUUGCUAGAGUCGGAGAAUUCCAGGGACUUUGGUGGACGUGAAAGGCUGGACAUGUUCUUCCCCUUUGACCCAUGCUUGCUGAAAAGAUGUGACAGCUUCAUCCGGCCAAACUUUGUGUACUGGUCUAUGGUCAAAACCACUUAUGAUGAUGAUGAAGUCAAUAGCAGUGAUGAAGAAGACGACCAUGAAGAUUCUGCAGAUUUGAAUGAAUUAAAUAUCAUGGAUGAAGGGAUGGGAAGGAGCUAUGAGGAGCAAGAAGUUGAUCUUGAUUAUGCAUUAGACAAAAUGUCGAUCACACCUCGUAAUGGCUUAGGCGGCAGGUUUGGAGGUCGAUUUCAUGGACAAAUGCAAAUGCCCUCGAGAAUACGACCUUCCACUAGUCCCGAGUCAUUAUGAUCAUAGAGGUGCUUUCCUUUCAUGCCCCAAAAGAUUGAGGGGUGCUAUUUUGCUGACACCAACUGGUUUCAUUCACAGAGCUGUUGGUUUGUUAUGUAAGUUAUUGCGGGCGAUUGCCAGGAAUCCAAAAGUUUUUGGUAAUAGCUGUAGUGAUGUUAUCUUAUUAGUUAUUACUCAUAUCGUUGUUGUAUAAUAGCACUCAGUAAUUGAUCACUCGAUGGAUAAUUAUAGAAUUUUCCUUUGGAAUUUUUGAGUCAGGGAACCUUGUUUGCAGCUAAAAUGGUGGCUGAGAUGUUGGUGCUGUUUGGUGGAGAAUGGAUUCAUUACCAUCUUGAACUUGUACGAAUCCUUGUGUGAAUUCUUGAUCUAUAGAUCUAUUAGGUACACAACUAUUGCUUUGUACCUA